AUGACGUUCGGAAUGAGUGACAGUGCAUCUACAAUAACCCUACCCACCAAGGACAAUAUCCAGGAGUUUGAGGUCACAUCCGACUAUGUUAUUUGGUGGUCGAAGGUGCAUCGCUUUGAAUCUACGAAAUCAAAGACAAUCUCAACUGUAGGCAAGUCGUCGUCACUUUCUCUUAAGUCUCAAGGCCACGAAGUUUCAGUUCAUGAUAAACUCACCCGUGGUAGAGCGCUCCAAGUUCAUCCAGAAGUUGAAGGUAGUUCUACUACUCCUGUGCCUCGAGUUCAACACCCAUCUCUGGUGGAUGUUCCUUCAACUCGACGAGGGCAUAUAAGCAGCAAUGAAGAUAGUGAAGUCAACUUUAGGCAUAAGAAGACAAGCGUCAAACCUCUUUAUUGUGAUUUGGACACGGCAUACCCACUUGAUGACACAUUCUUUUGUGAUGUGCCCGCUAUUUCACAACCGGUUCUAAUGAACGAGGGAGAAGUAGUGCAUCAUGUCCCUACUGUGUCCGAGCUUGUACCAUUUAAUCAUUUUCUUAUCGAAGAGGAAAAUGAUGCUUUGCGCCCGAUAAGUGGUUCAGGUGUUAGCCUAAGAGGUUCGCUUGUGCAUCAACAUUUGUUAAAGCCGGCUACUCAUGCAUCAACCUCUGAAAUGUCAUGUGGGGAACCGAAAUUAGGUGUUGCAGACAAAACCCUUCGCAAAGGGCGGACGUCAGUUGACUAUUGUUCUGCACACUUUGCUUACUCCCAAAAGCUGUCUCCCAAGGUUCAAAGUGAUCGUUUAGCUGCUGUCGACUCUUCACUUUCUGUUGCCUUGGCUCUGCAACAAGCUGAAGAGGUUCAUCAAUUUUCGAUACUUAAGUCUAUUAAAUCUGCCAACACACGUAUGGAGGAGUUGAAGAGAGAACAAGAGCAAUUGGAGUCAAGACUGCGUCAAUUAAAUGAAUCACUUUCAAAGAGUGAUGCACAAUUUUCUUAUCAUCAUUGUGAGGUUGCCCGUUUGAGAGUGGAUAAGAUUGCAGUUGAAGAAGCUCCUGUAUUAUCCACUGCCGAUGCUGAGACUUUAGAUGCGUUACGAGUUUCUUUUGAGAGAUUGCGUAACGGCUUCAAGGACUUGUCUUGGGAAUAG